AUGACAGUCUUAUAUCUGUCCAGACUGCUCGGUCUCUGGCUAUGUGUCACCCUAACCACCGCUCUCACCCUUCCAGAGCUCCGACAUAGGUCCAUCUAUCAAGUCAUCACGGAUCGUUUCGCCCGAGCGGAUGAUCAGAUAGUAGCUUGUGAUACAGGUGCUAGGUUAUAUUGCGGAGGUGAUUGGAAAGGUUUGGAAAGACGGUUGGAUUAUAUUCAAGGGAUGGGUUUUGAUACGGUUUGGAUAUCCCCAGUGGUUGCAAACAUAGAAGGAACCACCAUCUCCCUCGGGGACGCCUAUCACGGAUACUGGGCUUCGGAUAUGUCAAAGGUCAACCAUCAUUUCGGUACUGAACAAGAUUUGAUAGAUCUCUCAAAUGCUAUUCACUCCAAAGGGAUGUAUCUCAUGGUAGACGUUGUCGCCAAUCACGUCGGCACGAUAUCAAGACAGGUUUUCAAUCCCAGCAACUUUUAUGGUGUAUUUGAUGAUCCUGAUGAUUUUCAUGAAUUUUGUAUUCCUAAUGAUUGGGAUGAUUCUACUCAGAUCGAACAAUGUUGGUUAACAGAAGAAAUGGCAGAUCUCAACACUGAAAACCCUAAAGUCGUUGGAGCCUUACAUACCUGGAUACGUCAACUGGUACAGAAAUACUCUAUCGACGCAUUACGUAUAGAUACAGUGAAACAUAUCCGGAAAGAUUUCUGGCCAGAUUUCAUCUUUCAAGCUGGUGUAGCCGCCAUGGGUGAAGUUUUACAAGGUGAUCCAUCUUAUCUCGGACCAUAUCAACGUUCAGCAGUGGGGAGUUUAUUAGAUUAUGCUACUUUUUGGCAUUUGAGAAGAGCUUUCGAAAGUACAGAAGGAAAUAUGAGAUCUUUAGCGGAGAUGAUUGGGAGAGUACAUAGGUUAUUACCUGAUCCCACUCUUCUAGGAAGUUUCUUAGAUAAUCAUGAUUUUGCCAGAUUGGCAGGUGUGGCUCCUGAUCCCGUGUUGGUGAAGAACGCUGCGGUAUAUCCAUUCAUCAGUGACGGAUUUCCGAUUGUUUAUAUGGGACAAGAACAUGGUUUGAGAGGAGGUCAUGAUCCACAUAACCGAGAAGCUAUCUGGUUACAUGGCUACGAGACCACUUCCAAGUAUCUUAACGAUCAGCCCCUCUAUUCAACCUUUCUCACACUAAACACAGCUAGAAGAAAAGCCAUCCAACAUCCACCUUUCUUAUCCACCCUCAUCCGUACUUUAAUUCUUAACAAUCAUACCAUAUCAAUAUCCAAACCACCUCUCUUGACGAUUCUCACCAACUCAGGUUCUCUAUCUCCCACAUUUGUGGUUCACGUACCAAGUAUGUUAACAUCUUAUAAACCUCUUUUACCUGUGAUCGACGUAAUAUCCGGUCAGAUAUUCUCUACUGAUCCACGUGGAGGAUUAUCCGUUCCUUUAUUGAAUGGAGAACCUAGGGUUUUUCUUCCACUAUAUAUUCACUUGGGUGAAGAGGUAGAAGCGGAAUUGUGGAUGAGUACGAAUAAGGUUGAAAAGCAGAGUCAAGAGAGGAAACAGAGACAUAAAAAAGGAAUGGGUUCUUUAGUUGGUUGGUUGAGUUUAUCUAGAUAUUCUGAUCAACCAGAAUUGUGA